AUGUUCGCCUGCGCCAAGCUCGCCUGCACCCCUGCUCUGAUGCGAGCUGGAUCCAGAGCUGCAUACAGACCAAUGUCUGCAUCAGUGUUAUAUCGACCAGAGGCUAGAACUGGAGAGGGCUCAGCAGUGUUUACUGGGGCCCAGGCUGGUGUGUCUCCACUAAUCCAAAGGGAGUUUCAGACCAGUGCAAGCAGCAGAGACAUUGAUACUGCUGCCAAAUGUAUUGGUGCAGGUGCUGCAACAGUGGGAGUGGCUGGUUCUGGUGCUCGUAUUGGAGCCGUCUUUGGCUGCCUCAUCAUUGGUUAUCCCAGAAACCCUUCGCUGAAGCAGCAGCUGUUCUCACAUGCUAUCUUGGGAUUUGCCUCCUCUGAAGCUAUGGGCCUCUUUUGUUUGAUGGUUGCUUUCUUGAUUUUGUUUGCCAUUUAA